AUGUAUAAAAAUGGUGGUUGGGCACUUGCCGAUUUAGGGUUUACAGGUCCAUCCGACAAAGAAUCAAAUGCGGUAUACGGAAAUCUUGCAUAUAUGGCGCCUGAAGUGUUGCUCAGGGGUGAAUAUACUCCUGCUGUUGAUAUUUAUAGUGCUGGAAUGUUGAUGUAUCAAUGCUGUAGUGGCGUACCUCCGUUUUAUGACCUAGAUCAUGAUAGCAAUUUGAUGCUUUAUAUUUGUGAUGGAAUACGACCAACAAUUCCUGAGAUGGUACCACAAUUUUACAAGGAUAUAAUGAAACAAUGCUGGGAUUCUGAUCCGCAAAAGCGUCCAAAAUCAGAAGAGCUAUAUAAUUUGUUUGAAGGGAGACUUAAAGAAAGUCCAGAAACUAUAAAUGAAUUGAAGACCCCUGUAUUUAAGGAUUUUGUAACCGCGGAUCCAUUAGAAAAUUUCAAUAAUAUAACUUUAG